AUUUCAUACCAUUUUUAUGAAAAUGGAACUAAAAGCAAUAAAGAACAUUAUAUAUAUCAAGAAAAAAUAAAGUAAUAAUUUUUAUAUAUAUAGCUUUCACUCUUCUCUUACAAGCACUGUUAUUAACCCUUCUUUUUCAUCUAAAAGGAGAGGAGACUUUGAAGAAGAAAGAAAACAUUCAAAGCUAAAAAACGCAGCGUUUUAGGAAAAAAGAGGUAGAGAGUGAUUCUGGCUUUCCCAACAAUGGAAGCUUUCAGUCUCCUUAACUACUGGAAAAACAGUGGUGGUGCUGUUACUUUCCUUCCUCACUCCUCCGAAUCUUCUUCUUCUUCUCUUUGCCGUUACUCCGCCGGUGAAUCCAUCGGAACCACCACCAUUGUCACCUCUGUUACCGAAACUGAGGACGAAGAAGCUGAUGAAAACGACGACGAAGGACCGUUCUUCGACCUUGAGUUCGCUCUUCCAGCCGAAGAAGAAGACACAGACGGAGGAGUCGGAAGAGAGGGAGACUCCGAUUGUACGGACGGUGGUUGUGAGUUUAAAUUCACUCUCUCGUCUUGUUCCGGAGGAGAAGAUCGAGUAGAUCCAGAUUCACUCGAUGAUGUUUUCUUCAAGGAAACGAUUGUUGAAGAGGUUGAACCACCGACUUCUUCAGAGCAGCAGACAUGUUCUGUUAAAGCUCCCGCGGCGCAGUUAUCGGCGUCAAUUUUGAAAACCGCCACCAAGCUUCGUGUGUUCAUGCUCGGAAUGAAGAAAUCAAAGCUAAUCCAAGCGAAAUCAGAAGCUAAUUUCGGAUCUGAAGACCUCGAUAAGCAAACUCAUCCUCCUCCGCCGUUAUCACUUUCGCCGGAAUCGCAACAGAAAAGUACGGUGACAGUGAAUUUAAAAGUUGAAGAAGUUCCGAUAAUUUCUCUAUUCUCAAGAGAAAACAGCUCGAAGAACUCAUCUUCGUCUUCUUCUUCAUCUUCUUCUUCGUCUUCCUCAUUAAAGAAGCAAAACGGCAACGAAUCUGUCGUUUCAGAUGAGAAACGAUUCGUGAUGAUGCAAAAGUACUUAAAGAAGGUAAAACCACUUUACAUCAGAGUUUCACGUCGUUACGGCGAGAAAUUACGACACUCCGGUCAACUAACAGCUCCAUCGUCUGCGAGAUCCACGGCGGAGAAAGCAGAUUCGCCGGUGGCUACGAAGACUAAUAAUAAACCGGGGAACAACAUCAACAUUCCAGCUGGUCUUAAAGUAGUGAGGAAACAUCUCGGGAAAAGCAGAUCGUCAUCUUCAACAGCGACUACACCGUCGUCUACUACGGCGACUGUAACGACUCAGUCUGAGUCAAGAAGACGCGACGACUCGCUUCUUCAACAACAAGAUAGUAUUCAAAGUGCCAUUUUACACUGCAAAAGAUCUUUCAAUUCCUCUAGAGAUAAAGAUCCGUCGGUGUUACCAAGAUCGGUGAGUGAACCUUCCUCUUACGAGAAAUGAGAUAAUAUCGUAAUCUUUUUUUUUAUUAGUUUCAAGAGAAUCUCAACGGUAUUGAUUUUCUCGCAUUAACAACUUCAUAAUAAUUAUGGGUUUUGUAAAUAUUUUUUAGGAGCUUAUUUCAGAAUUUGUAACAGUAAUGUUUUAGAUGUUAUGUUUGGUCUGUUAUGAAGACUAUUGAAACUUUCGAACAUAAAAAGAUUAUUAAGAAGAAACAUAGACUUUUCUUUUUGUCAUUUUUAUGUUCAGAGACAAA